AUGGAUGACCAGGUAAAACGAAAGGGGAUUUGCCUUGCCUCAAGAUGUGCUCUCUAUAAUCAAGAGGAAGAUAGCACUGACCAUAUUUUUCUAAGAUGCGUCUUUGAGUCUUUGGUAUGGAAUAAGUUUGCAGGCUGUUUUGAAGUUGGGUGGAGGCAUCAUCAGUUGAUUGAUGAUCUGAUGCUUUGGUGGAAAGGUAAGGCUAGAAGUAUGAACCUGAAACAGCCAUGGCUUAUAAGCUUCUCUAUCCUAGCAGCAAAUAUUUGGUGGGAAAGGAAUAGAAGAAUUCAUGACGCCACAGCCAGGCCUGAUUGGAAAAUUUUUGACUUGGCGCAUCGAGAACUAGUUCUUUGCCUUGGUCGAUCAAAAGGAGAAGCGAAAUCCCCUUCCGAUGUUAUUUCCUGCAGAAGACUGGGCCUUCCAAUAGAAGGCGGUAGCUCUUGUCCUCCUUUAGAAGUCCACUGGUGCAAACCUCAGAGAGAAUGGAUUAAAAUUAAUGUAGAUGGGAGCUCCUUGGGAAACCCAGGUAGGGCAGGUGUAGGGGGAAUUGCACGAGAUAGUGAGGGGCAGGUUUGUGACUCCUUCAGUAUCUUCUUGGGCACAAAAAAAAUUUAUAAGGCUGAAUUUGCUGCGGUUAUGGAAGGGAUUCUAAUGGCCAAGGCGUUGGGAGCAAGAGGGUUGUGGAUUGAAUCAGACUCAGGAACUGUUGUAGCGGCUAUUUAG